GAGAUCCUGACGCGGAAACUGGAGCUGCUGGGGGCCGAGAAGCAGGGAACCUUCUGCGUGGACUGCGAGACCUACCACACCGCCGCUUCCACCAUCAGCAGCCAAGCUCCUUAACGUGGCGCCCGGGGGGUGAACCCCGGUGACAAGAGGGUCUCCCGUGGAAGGAGCGUCUGCUGUGGGUGAGGCCACGGCUUGGACCGGGACCGGGACCGGGACGGUCGGGGCUUCUCCCGCAGGUCGUGGCUGUUCGAUUUAUUGUGGUGGGGAACGAGCAGCCAUCUCGCCGCCCGCAGAAUGUCUUCUCCGCCCGCAGAAGGGCAGACAGGCAAGCUGAUGUACGUGAUGCACAACUCCGAAUAUCCCCUCAGCUGCUUUGCUCUCUUUGAAAACGGUCCCUGCCUCAUAGCAGAUGCCAACUUUGAUAUCCUUAUGGUGAAGUUGAAAGGCUUCUUCCAAAACGCCAAGGCGAACAAGAUAGAGAGCCGGGGCACCCGCUACCAGUACUGUGACUUCUUGGUGAAGGUGGGCACAGUUACAAUGGGGCCCAGUGCCCGUGGGAUAUCUGUGGAGGUGGAGUACUGCCCCUGCGUGAUAGCUAACGACUGCUGGAACCUGCUCAUGGAGUUCAUGCAGAGCUUCAUGGGGAACCACACUCCCGGCAUCCCGUCCGUGUUUGGCACCAAGCACGACAGCAUCUACAGCCCAGCAGACACGAUGGUUCAGUACAUGGAGCUGUUCAACAAAAUCCGCAAGCAGCAGCAGGUGCCUGUAGCGGGGAUCAGAUGAAAGGACUCCCUGGAGCCUGGUUUAGAGCGACUGCAUCCUCUUUUCUACCUGCCCAUCUGGAUCAGGAUUCCCUCCAAAAAGUGGCACUGGAGGCAGCCCAAGGUUGUUGUUUUUUUUUUCUCAAUCUCUUUCCCAUAUUUCAAAGCAAAGGUCUUGAAUGCUACGCGUAUUUCUUGUUGUCCUCCUUCAUGGUUUUGAGCGUGUCUGGGAUCAGCCCUGUGGUUCUGACGGUUCUUUGUACAGUGCUUCGUGCAGGGGAUUACUGUUCGUCGGCAGGAGGGAAAAGGAGAAAUUCCAGCCAAAUGCAUGCGAGGGCAGAGUUUCCUUGACUGCGAACAGCUACAUGAGAGAUUUUUAAAAAAAUUUUUUUUGGAUACCCAUGUGAAAGUGUCUUGUUAUUUUUCAUCAAAAUAAAAAGCUGUAUUUUGUGA